AUUUAGGUAAGUCUUAGAUACUUCGAUUAAGUUUAUUUGAUUGCAUUCGCUUGGUGUGGGUGUUGUGUAUCUUCACCUACAACUGCAAGACAAGUCGAAGUUAUUUUUAGAUUAUAUUUACGUUAAAUGGACAGAAUUUAUUUACUUAUUCUAUUUACAAUGAAAACACCGAGCACUGAAAUCUGUUAUCGUCACGGAAGUUCUGCAAAAAUAGCUGAGUAUCUAUUACAUCACGGUAUAUACCAUGGCAAAACGUCAUCGGCACCUAAGUCAAAUUAAAAAAUACUACAGAGCUUGCAUCAGUAGGUGAAAUAGUCCUCUAACAAUGUAGUUUCUCAGGAUCUAAUCUGUUAGUUUAUAUGAAAUACGUAACAGAAACAUUAAGACUGUAUAAAAAAAGAAGAAGAUUGAAUUCAACGUCCUUUUAAAGACAAAUAAGUAUUGUACAUAUAUUUUUUUUGUGGUACUACAUUCGAAUAUGGCGGUCCAAGAAGACAAGAAGAAGUUUUACUGCAGGGAAUGGGCGUUCCAGAAAUUGGCGCACUGUUUGGACCAGAGACCAGUUUCGAAAACUUGCGGUGCAUUAUUAUUAGGGGGUCCAGGAUGUGGUAAAACGACCUUUUGCUCCGAAUUAUGUUGGCCUUCCCAAGGACCGGCUAGUAGACAACAGAGGGCCUUAAAUAGACGCCUAUUAUGUUAUCAUUUCCUUCAAGGUCAUAACGAAAAGAGUUUGUCUUUAAGCGAGUUCGUGAGAUCUCUAGUAACACAGAUUUUGAAUCAUUCCACCGAAAGUCACAAAGAGCGCAGCAUAAGACGAAAAUUAGCUCAAGACGUACAAAAAUCGGAAGACCCUAAAUUCGUUAAAAAUAUUUCGUACGAACAAAACCUUUCGGAAAAUUGCAAUUUACCUCAAGAAAAUUUAUACUGUAACGUCUAUUCGGAAAAUCUCGUAUCGCCGUGUUUAGAAUCGAAGAAAAUCCAAGAAACUCCUCCUAUACCAAGUUUACCGAUAAACCCACGCACCGUUAUAGCGGACGCUUAUUUGGAAAAACUAAAAUCGGAUCCCGAAAUCCAGAUAGCUCUUAGAGCUAAAAACAUAGAACUAAAUCCGGACGAUUGCCUUAAGAGAGCUCUACUAUUUCCUCUACUCGAAAUAGACCCUCCGAAGACUUCUCUAUUCAUCAUCAUCGAUUCCAUCGACGAACAUUCAUUCGUUUAUUCGAAUUCGACGCUCACUAGGUGCAAACCACGCGAAAGGACGUCGCAAAGUAAAACUAUAGCGGAAUUAUUAGCGAAUCACCAUCACCUGUUCCCCCAAUGGUUGUUAUUAGUUUGUACGGCUAGGAAACAAUCUAAAAGCAUCGCGAAAAUGUUUACCGGUUUUAGGAAAUUGAGUUUGGACGAUUUACGUAAAUCUCAAGUGGUGCGCGACGUGCAGCAGUACAUUCUAGCUCGGUUAGACCAAGAGAACAGUCUGCGACAACACAUAAGUAGAGACACGGCCGAGAUGCUCAAUCAACUACACAUAAAAAGCAACGGUUGCUUUUUAUAUUUAGAAAAAGUGUUGGACGGCGUGUCGGAUAAUUUCAUAGUGCUUAGAGAAGUGCGAGAAAUACCUGGUACUUUGAACGGUUUAUAUUUGUGGUUAUGUCAGAGGUUAUUCAACCGAAGACAAUUCGCUAAAGUCCAACCGCUAUUGAACGUCAUAUUGGCGGCUAAAUGCGCUCUAAACGACGCUCUUUUAUACGACAUCAUCAAAGUUUAUAAUCCUAAGAUAACCGCGGAGGAUUUUAAAAAAAGAUAUCAGCUGUUAAGGAGAGUGGUGGUGGUUUCGAAAGGGGGUACAAUAAGAUUAUUCCAUCACUCGUUCGCCGAAUGGUUAUUAGAUAUAAAACAUUGUACUCAAAAAUAUCUGUGUAACAUUUUCCAAGGACAUUGUAUCCUUGCUAUGUACUAUACUUUACACGCUAAAGUAUUGAAUAAUCAGGAGAUAUACGAUUACGCUUUCCAUUUAACUAGAACCGAACAAUAUUUAUCGGACAAACAAAAUCAAAAAUGUCCUACGCUGAUGUGUAAAUUGACCCAAGAGAAGAACGUUGCGUUGUCACAAGGCGAAAAUAGUUUAGAGAAAACGUCGACGGAAAUUUAUUCGGAUUUGAAAGCCCUACAAGAAUUAACGAAAAAUUACGAAAGGGAAUUAAGUCUCGAUGUCGAUAAUUUGGAGACCAGUUUCGUUGAAACUGAGACUAGUCAGAACAAUCUCGACGAUUGUCAGUUUGAUUUGAGUUUGACUAAAUUGGAACAACAAUACGAGAAUAUUAACGUCAAAAGUCCGGUUUCCGAUAAGAAUCCCAUUUACGCCGAAAUAAAGAAACACAGAAAGAGUAAACAGCAAGUUAAAGUGGAAAACAACGAUUUGAAUAUAAAUCCUUCGCAAGAUUCGAAUAAAAUUAGUUUGGACGUUCAUACUUUGACGGUUCUUUGGUUAAUUAACAGUGGAUGUAACGUGGAAGAAUGUCUUUUGGAAGGUAACGAAAUGGCCGGUGUUAAUUUCGGCGCUUUUUUACCUACCGAUCAAAAAGUGUUGAAGUUACUACUGGAAGCGGGGGCGGUGGAACAGGCCGAUGUUGAUGGCUGCGAUUACGAAAGUCAGUUGUCACUGGCUAGUACGUCUAGUGAGCCGAGUCCGGAACCAUUAUUCGAUAUACACGAUAUGCAUGGUCAAGCUGCGCUUCACGUUGCAGCGAGAUUGGGACAGGCCCAAGUAGUAAAGGUACUUUUAGAAGCAGGCGCUAACGCCGAUCAAGCAGAUGUCGAUGGUUGGACUCCUCUUAGAGCGGCGGCUUGGGGAGGACAUACAGAGGUUGUCGAAUUGUUGGUGAAACAUGGUUGUAGUCUUGAUAGCGUCGACGCCGAGAAUCGAACCGCCUUACGAGCCGCCGCUUGGUCCGGUCACGAAGAAAUAGUAAAAAUCCUUCUUCAAAAUGGAGCUAAUGUCAAUUUAACCGACCACGAAGGUCGAACAGCCCUUAUAGCUGCCGCUUAUAUGGGACACGCCGAUAUUGUAGAACAUUUACUAAAUUUCGGAGCCGAUAUUAAUCACGCCGAUGCUGAUGGAAGAACGGCUCUAUCGGUAGCAGCUUUGUGCGCUCCGAGAACACCAGGGGCUAAUGUCGUCGCGACGUUAUUGGAAAGGAACGCUACCGUCGAUUAUAAGGAUAAGGAAGGGAUGACGCCGUUAUUGGUGGCGUCCUUCGAAGGUCACAGGGACGUCUGCGAACUUCUUUUGGAAAACGAAGCGGACGUAGAUCAUUGCGACCACGGUGGUAGAAGUCCUUUAUGGGCGGCGGCUAGUAUGGGGCACGCUCCUGUUGUUGCUCUACUAUUGUUUUGGGGUUGUUGUAUAGAUUCCAUGGAUUCCGAGGGGCGAACUGUAUUGUCAGUGGCAGCCGCUCAAGGCUGCGUUGAAGUCGUCAGACAACUGCUGGACAGAGGUUUGGACGAACAACACCGCGACAAUUCCGGAUGGACGCCAUUACAUUAUGCAGCAUUUGAGGGACAUCUUGAUGUUUGCGAAGCUCUAUUGGAAGCAGGAGCUAGAGUAGAUGAGACUGAUAACGAAGGAAAAGCUCCUUUAGCGCUGGCAUCGCAAGGGGGACACACGGCCUUAGUUAAUUUAUUCAUAGACAAAUAUAACGCACCUGUCGAUCAAAGACCUCACGAUGGAAAGACUGCUCUAAGAUUGGCUGCUUUAGAAGGCCAUUAUGAUAUAGUCCAAAUACUGGUUUCCAAUGGUGCUGAUAUGGACUCCAAAGAUGCCGAUGGUAGAAGUACCUUGUAUGUAUUAGCUCUGGAUAAUAGAUUGGCAAUGGCAAAAUAUUUUGUACAACAAGGUGCCGAUGUAGAAACCAGAGAUUUGGAGGGUCGGACGCCUUUACAUGUGUCAUCUUGGCAAGGACACACGGAAAUGGUAUCACUUUUAUUAACUUACGGUAAAGCACAAGUAGACGCUUGCGAUUUAGAAAAUAGAACGGCAUUACAUUCUGCCAGUUGGCAGGGUCACAGCGAUAUUGUUAAAAUGCUUUUAGAACAUGGAGCGAUGCCCGAUCAUACUUGCAACCAAGGAGCCACAGCUUUAGGUAUAGCGGCUCAAGAAGGUCACGAACUGUGUGUGGUGGCAUUACUGGAACAUGGUGCAGAUCCAAAUCAUUCGGAUGCAUGUGGGAGGAAUGCAUUGAGAGUUGCCGCCAAAUCGGGGCAUAGGGGAGUAGUAAGACUGCUGGAAGAGUACAACGCUAGAUCACACAAAGUGGCGCAUACAAGUAGUAGUGCCAAUUCUAUUACCUCGGCUUCAACUGCAGAAACUAAACCAUCCUGCGCUAUUCUAUAUCCUUCCGGAAGUACAGGAGACUGGUCUGAUCAGCAGAGGAGAUCGAUGGUAUCGUUAGGAAAUCACAGUUCUAAUUCAAAGUCUAGUUCCAAUUUGACUGGAUCGAGUCAGUCAAGUAGACACGGAGAUAGACAAAGAGAAACCGUACAAAAUACUCAGCCCAUGUCGUUUACGCAACAACUUCAACAGUGUACCAGAGGUGGUAAAACCAGACCUCUAAGUAAACUGCUGUCGCCUUUACAAAGUGAACCUCAGAGUCCUAUUUAUGCGUCACCUCCUUUAAGUCCUGUUAAUGAUACUCCCAAUGUUUUCGAUUCCUUCUUAGGCGCAAUGAAUAUAUACCAACCGGUUUUGAGGCACAAUAAUUUCGCUAAGGCUCCUGAUACUCAUUUCGCUCGCGAUACUCACAUGAGAAUCAUUUUGGGAAAUACGAGUAGUUCGCCUUUUAGCAAAGACAAAAAACCGGAACCUGUACAGGAAGCUCCAAAUUCCAAAUCAAGUAAUCACAAACCAAAAAGGAACGGAAUAGUAACUAAUCCAGCUUUAAGACUCGUCGCCAACGUGAAAAACGGAAUCGAUACCGCGGCGGCGAAUUUACGAAAAUCCACAUCGGGAGCUAAUCCCGCUUCCAAGACGAACAGUUUCCAUUGGCGCAAGGAGACACCUUUGUAGAAAACAAAAGGAUUUAAUGCGCCAACAACUAGUCAAUAUAUAACGGUUUUAAAAUCGACUUUAAAAAUAAAAUGAACAAUGCUAACGUAUAACAACACUCACCUAGUCUUAAAUAUAUCAAAGAAAUAAUUUUUAAUAGUGAUUAAUUUUACAAUAAGUUUUUUAUGUUUACCUUUUCUAUUUUUUUAUACAAGAUUUUUCAAAAUAUUAUUUACUUGUACUCCAAUAACAAAAGCCAUGAAAUAAUCUGGAGUGGUAAUGUUUAAUAGGUUUAGAUGGUGCUGGUAAUGAUAUCUUUGGGAUACCCAGCACCCGUGAUUCUUGUUUGGAUUGUUGGACUACUCUCGUGCUCUCAAAAUUAUAUGGUAAAUCGUUAGACUUGAUUUUUCCAUAUCCUGUGAACAGUUUUUGCAUUUUCUUACUUCCAGUUGAUCUUAAAGAUCCAUUGUUGGUGCUACUUGCUAUGGUUUACGCUAGAAAUAAAAGGGCACAAUAAAUUAUGUAUAUGUAACUGUAUACUUACUUUUGAAUCACCCUAUAGAUCUAACUGGAAAAAAUAAAACAAGCACAAUAACUUUGAACCUUAAACUGUUGAAUUAGUUCAAUUUUUCUUUAAUUCAACUUCAAAUUUUGAAAAAUUUUGUAUAUGACUACUAUUCAUAUACAGAGUGUCCGAAAAAUCUCGUACCAAAUGCAAACUAUAGUUUCUAGAUGUAUAAUUUUAUCCGAAAGUUCAUUCUAGAGGAAAAAAUCAGAAAAUAUUUUUCCAAUAACUUUACAGUAAAUUUUUUUCAAAAACUGCUCAAUAAACUGGCCUUCAAACCCCAGUAUUUAUUAAUAAAGUUAGAUGGACAUAGUAAAAUACUAUUUGUAUUUUACGUUUGACUGGAGAGUUUUUUUGUACACCCUGUAUAUAUAUUUCGUUCGGCCUAUGUUAUAAUUCAACGAUGUAUCAUAAUUUUUUCGAUAAAUACGUUUGACUUUUGUGAUAGCUUAGUGUUUAAUAAUAAGUAAUUAAGUAUUCUGUAAAUUGUUUGAAAGGCGUUGAUUAGGGUGUUUUUGUAGUGGUUUCUUUUUAAUUGAUAAUGGAUUACUGCCGAUCUAAUAUGAAAAUGUCUGUCAUAACCAUAAUAAAAUAUUCAAUAUUUCAAUAUCAACGUUUAAAAAUUAUUAUUAACAUAAUUAGAAGCAUCCAAUAUAAGAAAUUAUCCCCGAACAUAUUUUAUUAUAAGCAGGUACUCAUUUUUUCCAAACUUAUGAAGGGAAAUUUACAAUCUUUCUCUUGAACUUUUGAAUACAUAAUUAAGUGGAUAAUUCGAAUGUGUAACAUCUUAUUUUCUCCAAAAUUAAAAUAACUUUUAUGGCCUUCCAUUUUCGUUUAACCUUGGCAGACUUUGGUCUGUGUUGUACCAUUUUUACCUAUAACUUCCUAUUGUACCUAUUUAAUCUUUAGUCCUUUUUAAGUUUGUUGUCUACUUCAUAUUUAAUGAUUUUUUCAGUCUCCUCACCAAUUCAGUUAUUUCUUGUUGAUUUUUUUGUAUUAUUGCUUCUUGUUCUGUUACUUCUGUAUUCUUUAUCCAGUUCCACUUAUUUUUUGUAUUCUUAGGUAUUUCAUUCUGUUAUUUCUAUUUUUGUCUCAAUUUGCCCCCUAAUUGUCAAAUUUACUAUAACAUAUGUUUAUUUUUCCAUUUUCAUAUCUAUAUCUACAUUUUUUUGUCACAUAUUUUGCUAAUAUUUGAUCGGCAGUUAUUUGAGUUGUAAUAAUACCAAUAUGAAAAGUUCUCUAAUAAAACUGAUGAGUAAUAUUUUAGGGCAAUAUGAAUUUUUUGUUGCAAAUACCUACAGUUUGCCAAGUAGCUUUAUAAAUUUUGAUAAAGUAUCCAGAUAUUCUAUUUGUUCAGUAGGAUCUCAAUUAAAUAUUUUUUAUAUUCGUCAUUAUUAGUUUAUAAGGAUAAAAUUAACUUCCGGGUCUAGUUGCAGGAUUCACAUAUCGAAUUUUGUCGCUAUUUACAUCACAAAUAUUACAUAUUUUCACAAUUGCUAAAAUUUAUAAAAAAAAAACAAAAAAAUGCGCAUUUUUACUUGGUGUAUUCGAAAACAAAUUAAAAUACCGAUUUGAUUUGUUUACAGUACACACAAUAUUCCCAUCGUCUUACUUUUUUUCUCUUCGAAUGUGAUCUUUUUAUUUAAAUAUUUUGUUAUGUACUGGGUGAGUCAAAGAGCAACCUGUUUGAGGCCUUUUUGUCUUUUUUGAGCAAAAUUUCCCCUUUCUCAAUUUAUUAUUAUUGGUUAUUCCUAAAACUAGACCUCGAGAUCAAUAAUCAACUUAAUUACCAAUGAGUUAUAACAAUCGUGGAAUAUUUUUUGUAAUUAUUUUUGUAAAUUUUUUUUAUUUAUUAAAAAUAUGUCCUAAACUAGUUUACAUUUGAACAGAUUGGUCUAAUUUUGUUUUCUGAGACGUCUGUGUUCAAAUGUAAGUUCAGACCACUAUUGGGGUAGAACCCCUUUAUAUCAAUUAAUAUUAUAUGCCUUUUGUAUUUACAUAAAGCUUUAGUUUUAUACAGUUUUAAAACUUGUGCACUGUAUAUGUUGAAACAGUAUUAAAUAAAACUAUUUAAAAUAUAUAUAACAAUAAA